UAUUUUUAUUUUUUUUUUCUUUAAGAAACUUUAUAAAAAAAAAUGACAUUUAUUCAAAGAUUUACAGACUCUGUGAGUCAAUUCUUGGAAAAGCAUCCUCAUACAGCUCAACUUACUUUAACUGCAAUUGCAGCCUCAGCAUUAACUGCAACUAGCAUUCUUACCUAUCAGAGCAAUCAACGUAGAUCCAGAGCUAAAACCUUAAAAGAUGAAUUAAAAGAAGCAGAACUUAAGAAUACAAUCGAUUUAACACCUAUGGGUACUGCAGCCAUCCCUUAUAAUGAGGAACUUAUUCAAGAACAAUUAAGUAAAAAUACAGCCUUUUUGGGAGAGGAAGGAACACACAAGCUUCGUGAAUCAUUUGUGAUUGUCGUAGGUGCAGGUGGUGUAGGCUCCUGGGCAGCACUCAUGUUAUUACGCUCAGGUGUCAAACGUAUUCGUAUUAUCGAUUUUGACCAAGUUACACUGAGUAGUUUAAAUCGUCAUGCAGUAGCUACACUUGAAGAUGUCGGUACUCCCAAAGUUAGAUGCAUUAAGAAACACUUUAAACAAAUUGCACCUUUUGUUGAAGUGGAAGAUUGUGUUGAUUUAUUAAAUGCCGAUAAUGUUGAUGAGUUACUUGGAGGAAACCCUAAUUAUGUAAUUGAUGCUAUUGAUAACAUCAAUACCAAAAUUGAUUUAAUUAAAUACUGCUAUGAUAAAAAAUUACCUAUAAUUAGCUCAAUGGGCGCAGGAGCAAAAGCUGAUCCAUCACGUAUUCAAAUUGCUGAUAUUAGUGAAACAUUUGAGGAUCCACUCGCGCGUGCAGUAAGACAAAGAUUGAAGAAACUUGGCAUUGUUAAAGGUGUUCAAGUUGCUUAUUCUACAGAGAAGCCUCAUCAUGUUAAGUUACUACCCUUAGAGGAAGAGAAGGUCGAGGAUAGAGAAGAGUUUGCAGCAUUACCUGAUUUUAGAGCACGUAUUCUACCUGUAUUAGGCACUCUUCCCAGUAUGUUUGGCAUGUCUAUUGCAUCAUAUAUUAUUUUACGUUUAUCUGAAUAUCCUGACUUUGAUCCACUUCCUGUCAAGUUAAGAGAAGGCCUUUAUGUCCGUGUUCAUCGAGAAUUAUUAUCAAGAGAAUCAAAAAAAUAUAAACAAAAAGUCUGUACUUUGGAUGCAAAGGAUGUAGCAUAUAUUUUUGAAGAAAUGUGGCAUGGAAAGAGUGUUAUUUCAGGACCUAAUGAUAAAUUAGCACUCACAAGAUGGGAUAGAUCAAAACCAAUUGAUUAUUUCAAUACAGUAUGCAUGACAAGGCUAGAAGCUAACACACAUGAUGAAUUACCUGAAGAUACAAACUUGGAAGAAUAUUAUGGUAAAGAAGUAUAUGAUCGUGUUAUGAACCGUUUUGAAAAAGAAAGACAAAUUCAGAAUAUUUGGAAUAACGUGUUAUAAACCAUUUUAUGAUAUAAAAUUAUUAAUAAUAAGACAAGAACUUUCUUCUUUUUAAAAU